AUAACUGUUGACAGUAACUAAAAUAAUAAAUGAGAGUACUAAGAAAUAUUUAAUGCAAUUGCAGUCUGCACGAUAUGUGUAUGCGUGUGCGUGCGUCUAUGUAUGUGAAAACAGUUGAUACACGCAUUUCUUCCGCACCAGUCCAAUGGAGGAACUUUCAGGCUCAGCCGAGCACCAAUAUCUGCUCUCAAGUAAGGACCCAGCUCCUCCAUGUUCGGAAAGCAUUGCUGCCGGUCGCAUAUUGGUGAAAUGGUUCCUCGAGAUGGCGAUGGGUCUGAUCUUUGCUGCCUGGGUGACCUUCAUUUUCCUCUUCCCGGCGCCGCUGGUGACUGAACUCUACUACGAAUGGCGUGCACUUACCAGCGAUACCAUCUUUGGCGGCAAUGGAAGCGCAUUCUUGAUAUUUAGUGGUCCGGUUCUGGCGAUAACAAUUCUUGCCAUAGCACGCCGCAUCGUUAUGUGUUCUCGGGAGGAACAGUUCGCAAAGUAUCCGAGGUUUAGGUUAUCGACAUUCCCUGUCGUGGUGGAUGGACCAUUUGGAGUAGUUUCUGCAGCGGAACUCAUCGGUAUUUGUCUCGUUGUAGCCUACGUUGUGUGGGCGAUAAGUGCCUAUACCUUGGAGGAUCUUAGCGAAUAUUCUAAGUCCCCGUUGCCUCCCAUACUAAAGAGUGCGACCAUGUUGGAAUUUCUCGCGUCUCGUAUAGGAAUUGUUGGAGAGUUUUGCUUGGCAUUUUUGUUCCUCCCGGUUGCUCGUGGAUCAGCUCUUCUUCGACUUGUAGAUAUUCCAUUUGAGCGAGCUGCUAGGUACCAUGUGUGGCUCGGACAUCUUACAAUGCUGCUCUUCACCCUCCAUGGACUGUUAUACGUGAUCGCUUGGGCAAUGCAAGGCACCCUCCUAGAGGAAAUAACUUCUUGGCAAGCUUCUGAUACAUCCAAUUUUGCGGGAGUUAUAGGCCUGUCGGUUGGUCUGCUGAUGUGGGUCACAUCUCUUCCUCCAGUGAGGAAGAUGCAGUUCGAGGUGUUCUUCUACACACACCAGCUCUACAUUGUAUUCGUUAUAUUCUUUGCAAUGCAUGUCGGCGAUUAUUUUUUCACCUUUGCUUGUGGAGCAAUCUUCCUCUUUCUGCUAGAUCGUUUCUUGAGGUUCUGCCAAUCACGAAGAACUGUCAAUGUCAUAUCAGCGACCCGCCUUCCUUGUGGAAUCAUUAAACUGGUCCUCUCGAAGCCAGCAAGCCUGCGGUACAAUGCCUUGAGUUCCAUUUUCCUUCAAAUUCGGGAACUGUCUUGGCUGCAGUGGCAUCCUUUCAGUGUUGCGUCGAGUCCUCUUGAUGGGAAAAAUCAUCUCUCCGUUCUCAUUAAGGUUUCGGGGGAGUGGACAGCCAAACUAGACAGGAAUAUGUUGGAUAAUAAAGAGACUUGUGAUCAAAACGAGACAACUUUCCUACCUCCAAAGAUAACAGCCUCAGUCGAGGGUCCUUACGGUCAUGAGUUUCCUUACCAUUUGUCGUACGAGAACCUUGUUCUGGUGGCAGGAGGAAUCGGAAUUUCACCAUUCUUUGCCAUCUUGAGUGAUAUCCUCCACCGUGUCGGGGAAGGAAAACCGUGUCUAACGAGCAACGUUCUACUCGUUUGGGCCAUCAAAAAGUCCAACGAGCUGCCUCUACUUUCCACCCUUGACAUGGAGUCUAUAUGUGCCUUCUCCCCAGACAAACUAAAUCUUGACAUAGUUAUAUAUAUCACUCAAGAAUCAGCACCUUCACUGGAAGAAGGUAUCAUUAUUGAGAGCGCCGAGAGCUCGCAUGUCUUUCCUGUCUCGAACGGGUGUGGCAUAUCUGUUUUGGCUGGUACAGGGAACAAUAUUUGGUUGGGAUUAUAUGUGAUGUCUUCUAUUGCCGGAUUUAUAGUGUUGAUGACUCUUCUGGAAAUCUUCAACCUAUUGAGUUAUACCGAAACAAAGUCGCGGUACAGAGGGCUUCUUUUCGUGGUGUGCAUGCUUGCAAGCGUGAUUAUAUUCGGAGGCCCUGCCGUGUUUCUAUGGUCCUGCUGGGAGAAACGAACAUCUGCAGUUGAGAAAUCUGAGCAUUGCGAGCAGAACGUACAGACAGCUCCCUUGAUGCCCAGCAAUUUGCCUCAAAGGGAAUCAAUCAGUUCGAGAAGAGUUCUAUACUGCUCAAGGCCGAACUUCCAAGAAAUCUUUGGAUCGGUAUCGGACCAGUGGGGCCACGUUGAUAUUGGCGUAAUUGUGUGUGGUCCUGCAACUCUGGAGACAAGUGUGGCCGGGGAAUGCAGAUCUCGGAACUUAAAGAGAGGAUCAGACAGCCCGAUCUUCCACUUUCAUAGCCACUCUUUCGUUUUAUAGCUGCCAUGAUGCCUUCGAGCAGAUCCGACUUCAUAAAUCGGUAUGUACGGAAGCAUACUGCACAUGUUUACAUGUGACUUACGCUACUUCCCUUAGGAUGUACCGCCCAGUCAGGCCUAGUCAUGUUACCAGUACGUCCUAUUUAUAAUAACUGGGUCAAUGACCCGCACAUUGUUCCCGGUCGAUCUCUGGAGAUUUGAUCAUAUUGAUCAAAAGGGUAAAUUUCAUGUACUCAUCCUCCUAGUAAAACGCCUCCCACCUUAAAAAUAAAUGAUAAUAAACCCCUAGUUUUGAA